UCCCCAGGGGCAGCUUCGUAUUUUACCAAAAAUAGAUUACAAUGCAAUAUUAUUAUUCAUGGAUGGGGACGAGAGAAAGUGUUGCAACACCCGUGCUUGCUUGCUUGCUGUUGUCGUAUGGUAGUUAGAAUACGGUGCACAUGGUGCUAUGGUAUUACAUCAUAAAUAAUACAAAAAUCAAAGAACAAUUCAAAGUUGUCUACUUCAGUAUUUUCCACGGUUAUCCCUGGUUACAUAAAUAAUGAACAUGACGAUCACAAAGUGCAGCAUGCUAGCAUGAAACAGCGAUAAUUCAGAAUCAGAUUCUACACAAAGAUUCAAGUAGCAGACGAUGCCAAGUCCUAACAACAUGAGUAACGCUACAGAAGGGCGUUGGCCCGAUGACGUCGGCAUCAUCGCAACGGAGAUCUACUUCCCCUCCCAGUACGUCGAUCAAGAGCAACUGGAGAUCUUCGAUGGCAUCCCCGCAGGAAAAUACACCAUCGGUCUCGGUCAGAGCAAGAUGGGUUUCUGUACGGACUGCGAGGACAUCAACUCGCUGUGUCUGACCGCAGUUCAGAAUCUAAUGGACAGGAACCAGAUAACGUACGAUUCCAUCGGCCGGUUGGAGGUUGGCACAGAGACCAUCAUCGACAAGUCAAAGAGCGUGAAAACUGUUUUGAUGCAGCUUUUCGGGGACUCUGGUAAUACGAGUGUGGAAGGGAUUGACACGACAAACGCUUGUUAUGGUGGGACGGCUGCGUUAUUUAACGCUGCUGCGUGGGUAGAGUCCAGUGCAUGGGACGGACGAUAUGCUCUGGUGGUCGCAGGAGAUAUAGCGGUUUACGCAACCGGAAAUGCCCGUCCAACCGGAGGUGCUGGUGCCAUCGCAAUGCUCGUUGGGCCUAAUGCCCCGUUGGUUCUAGAAAGAGGAUUAAGACACACCCACAUGGAACACGUCUACGAUUUCUACAAACCCGAUAUGGCUUCGGAGUACCCACGCGUGGACGGCAAACUGUCUAUUCAGUGUUACUUGGGGGCGCUAGACAAGUGCUAUCAGGGGUACUGUGUAAAGGCUGAGGCCCAAAUGCAGAAAGAGGGCGACAGCAGCCACUAUACCAUGGAUAGAUUUGAUGCGAUGUGCUUUCACAGUCCGUUCUGCAAGCUAGUGCAGAAAUCCCUAGCACGGUUGAUGCUGAAUGAUUUCAUGAGAGACCCCAAACCAGACACUAAUGACGGGGGACGUUAUGCAGGACUUAGGGGUUAUAAAGACCUGAAGCUUGAGGAGACCUUCAUGGACCGUGAAGUCGAGAAAGCCUUCAUGAAUUGCAGUAAAGAGAUGUUUGCGGCCAAGACGAAACCCUCCACCCUUGUUGCUAACCAAGUCGGCAACAUGUACACCCCAUCCCUGUACGGUGGUCUAGUCUCAUUCCUAGCAAGUUGUAACCUCGCCGAGCUACCAGGUAAAAGAAUAGGUCUCUUUUCUUAUGGAUCCGGUCUGGCCGCAUCCCUGUUCUCCCUCCAGGUCAAAGGUGACACAGCGCCCGGGUCACCCCUCUGGAAGCUCCGGAGCAGCCUUGAUGAUCUAAAGUUCAGGCUGGAUUCGCGGCGUUGCGUUGAGCCGUCCGUGUUUGCAGAGACGAUGAAGCUGAGAGAGGAUACUCAUCACCUUGCAAAGUACACCCCAGUAGGUUCCAUCGCUGACUUGUUCCCUGGUACCUGGUACCUGACGUACGUCGAUGAAAUGCACAGGAGGAAAUACUCCAGCAAACCCUCGUCGAAUCUCCCAUCACCACGAGUUGACAAAGUACCAGUUUCUUCCCUUAUAAAUUCAUAGUAACAAGGAUUUGCAUAAUAACAGUGGUAGUUUACUUUUGGCCCUAAUCAAACAGACGUGCAACUUUUUAGCUGAUCAGCUGGGCCCAAUUUCAUGGCUCUACUUACCGCUGAAUUCCGUGCUUCUGAUCACGGUUCCCCGCUUACAUGCACGCCCCGAAUUUCUGCGCUAGCCAUUUAAGCGAAGAAUGCCUAGUAUGGCCGAGUACG